AUGUUUUCCUUUCUUUCAAGUUGUCAUAUUGUUCACAUUAUAUAUCUCUUUGUCAAAUCUGUUGUCAAUACCGAGGAAGCAGUUACAGCUCGAACAAGGCAGGUGGAGGGAGUAGCAGCUAAUAUAGCCACACCUGAAGAUAGCAACCAAAAACUAACAAAAUUGAGCUCAGAAGAUAAUCCAGAGGCUGUUGAGCCAACUCAAGAAGUUCUGCAGGAGGAUUCGGAGGUGCAACCGAAAACUCUCCCAAAGGUGGAAUCCCAGAAUGUAGCAGCUGCUGAAUCUAUAAAAAGGACCAAACCAGUUGAGGUUAAUUCGCCUCAAAAACUUUUAUCAGAGCCUUCUAAAGAAACUCAGGAAGCCCCUUUGAAAAAAUCAAAUGUAGAUGAUUCUUCCACUGAAAAUGUGGCCCUCCCUGAAAGUGCUUUCAAUCACCAGCAUCUUGACGAGGACAAAAAAAAGCCUCCAAAAAUUGACCAGCCUCAGGAGUCCACUCAUACUGCUGAUUUACCAUCUGAGGACAGUUCUGAAAACCAAAUCCUAGCUGAAAAUGUUGAAGAGGAUCUAUCUGCCACUUUGAAAAAAAAAAUAGACCCUCAGCCAAAUGAAGAAGUGGAAAAAUCUGAAGCUGCUGACAAGCCUGAGGCAAAUGCAGGUGGUGAAAAGUCUGAGGAUUUCCCUUCAUACACAGAAUGGACCAAAAAGGUGUUGGCUGAAGAGAAAAAUAAACAGGAUGAUCUCUUUCCUGUGAAGAUCUCUGGGGCUGAAAAUUUUCAUCUCUCCCCUGUCUCUCUCUUGUCUCUGGUGGGUGGUCAUAAUUUUUUUUUUUUUUUUUUUCUGCCUCCUCCCCUGAUUCUCUUUCUUGUCUCUCCCCUGUUUCUUCUCUCUCCCCUGUCUUCUCUCUUGUCUCUCUCCCCUGUCUCUCUCUCUCUUGUCUCUCCCCCUGUCUCCCUUGUCUCUCCCCUGUCUCUCUUGUCUCUCCCCUGUUCUCUCUCUCCCCCCUCUGUCUCUCCCCUGUCUCUCAACCUUCCCUCUCUCUGUCUCUCCCCUGUCUCUCUCCUGUCUCCCCCUGUCUCUCUCUUGUCUCUCCCCCUGUCUCUCUCUUGUCUCUCCCCCUGUCUCUCUCUUGUCUCUCUUUUUUCUCUCUCUUGUCUCUUUUGUCUCUCUCUUGUCUCUCCCCUGUCUAAAAUUUCUCUAAUUCUCUCUGUCUCUCCCCCCUCUCUCUUUCUCUCUCCCCUUCUCUCUCCCCCUGUCUCUCUCUUGUCUCUCCCCCUGUCUCUCUCUCUUGUCUCUCCCUUGUCUCUCCCCUGUCUCUCUUGUCUCUCCCCUGUCUCUCUCUCUCUCCCCCCUGUCUCUCCCCUAAUCUCUCUGGGGUCUCUUGUCUCUGUCUCUCUCUCUCCCCUGUCCUCUCUCUCUGUCUCUCUCCCCUGUCUCUCUUGUCUCCCCUCUCUCUCCCCUGUCUCUGUCUCUCUCCCCUGUCUCUCCCCCUGUCUCUCUCUCCCUUCUCCCCCUGUCUGUCUCUCUCUUUCUUUCAGAUUCUCAGUCAGUGACAGAUAUCCUUCCAAAGAAUGGCAAGAACUCGGAACAUUUGAUUCAACUGAAGAACGGACAGUCCAUAAAUACCAAAUUGCAGAAGACAAUUAUUCAAAGUUUAUUAAAGUGGAUGUUGUUGAUCAUUAUGGGGAAGAGCAUUUUUGUCCUCUUACUCUCUUCAGGGUUUUUGGUUUUACAAUUGAAGAUAUUGAUGGGGAGCCGACAAGCAGUCCUUCAGCCGACGAUGAAGAUGAUGAUGUAGAAAAUGAAAGUCCACCAAAUUUAUUUAAUAGUGCAAAAGAUACAGUGUUAAGGUUGGUGAAACAUGUGCUGACCACAACCAAUGAACAGGUAGGGAAGGACGGGACAAAAGCAGCUAUAGCAGCACCAAAAGAAGAGCAUGAAAAUGCAACGACCAAAGAGACAGACACGGCAAUCAGUCCUCCAAAUGUUACCAUUCCUUGCAAAGGAGAGGAAUGUCGGAAUAUUACGCAGAAAAAUACCACAGCCAAUGGCACAAGUUUGCCCUGCGUACCUGAUGCAAGGGACCAGCGUCCAAGUGAGACAGCAACUCCAGCCACAACUCUUCCAAUCCGACCAGAAGAGCCUCAAGGUGACAUCAAUUUGAUGACCAAUGCAACAAUUGAAUACCCUGAUGAAAACCUGGUGACCAAGCUGGAAGAUUACGAACAAGUUCCCGUUUCGUCCGAAGAAGAACCAAUUGUCCAACUCAUUGGUUGCGAUGAGCAGCUACCACUCUUCACUGCACACACCUCUGCUUGCAUGUACUGCUCCCUCCGAAAAAAGAAAACAUUUGUUAAGGAGACACUCUUCAAGCCUCUCACCCUCAUGCCAAGAUGCUUGAUCAGACCCUCCCAUACUGCAAAAUGUAAAUUUCUUAGGAUUAUAUCAGAUAUAUUUUUUAAGAAACAGCAAGGAGUAUCUGAGUCCCCCACCAGUCAAGAAGUCCCUGUAAGCAGCAUUGUCACAUUAAUAGGAGCCUCAUCUACCACAGCAUCUUCUUCAUCUUCGUCUUGGUCAGCCAUUAAAGAGGUAGAGACGGCUGCAAUUCAGGCACCAGAAUCUUUUGAAACUGAUGCAUCCAUAGCCACGCUAUCCAAAUCUGCUUCUGAUCCUAUCCUGGAUAAUGUACCCAGCCUUCAACCAAGCUCAGAUUUUCAUCCAUCUGCUUCAAGUGAAACCAUUACUGGCAAAAAGGAUGAAAGCAAAGUUUUUGACACUUUGGAAUCAUCAAAGGAAGAAUCAGAGACUGUGUCAGUGACGCUCAAGACCAGCCAGGAACAAAAAGCUAAUCUGACAAGUCAAUUUACUGAUAAACUGACUUCGACAUUAAUAAAAUCUUCUCAGCUUGCUUCAUCAGUCAGUAGCAGUAGCGAAGACAUUGACUUCCGCACACCUGCAGGGACCAUCUACAUUGAACCAAGUUCAACGUCCAUAAAAGAGCUUCAACUCCAGCAUGCUGUGUCAUCUGAGAGAUCCUCUGUGGAUCCACUCUCUCACAAUUUGACCCCCACCUCAUCUGUGGUACCUGACAGUCAAGACAAACAGGUCAUAGCCUCAUCACUGAAAUCAGAUAUCAAAGAGGAAGACUCUUUACCUGAAAACAAUAUUAUAACGACAGCUAGUCUCCCAUCGACUGACGGUGAGCAGAUGGAACCAGCUGCUGCCAACAUUGAGCCAACACGAGUAUCGGAGUCUCCAUCAAAAGUAAUCCCUCCAGAGUCAUUGAGUGUCUCAAUACCUGUGAUGAGACCAGACCAAAAGACUGCACGGCCAGACAAAGAGAUGGAUGCUGAACCUGAUUCUAAAGGGCGACCUCUGUACACUCUUGUUCGGGUUGGUUUACCCCCAGCAGCUAAGAGGGAAUCGGCAAUUAUGAGACUUAAUAAUCGUAUAAAAGCUCUCGAACUAAAUGUCUCCCUCAGUAGCAGAUUUCUGGAUGAACUGAGUCAGAGAUAUCGUAAACAGUCAGAAGAAAUGAUGAAUUUUCUCAAUCGAACUGUUGCCCGUCUUCGGAAUGCGACAAAAAAGACUGAGGAAACUGUCCAACGCCAUGAAGUCCAUCUGAAUAUUCUUGAAGCUCGACUUGACAAUUUAACCCAAGCUGUUUCCAAACUCUCAGACAAUAUGGAUGAACUCACAAGACAUCUCACUGAUCGGCAAAUGGUGUGGGCAUCGAUUGAAAUGGCUAUUCUGACUUUAAUCUUUGUGGUGUGCUUAAAAAAACGACAGCCAUCUCUGCCGCCAAGUUUGGUGGCUAAAGUUCUUGAAGAUCUCCUUCAAACACAGAAUUCUUCCCAAAGUAGAAGGCGCAACUCAGAUUCAGAAAUUUUGCAGUUAACACCAAAUCAUCGAGAAGUUGUAAGACAACGCAGUGCUGAUGAUCUUGCUUGCCCUAAAUCUGUUGAUAUUGUGGAACCUGAAAUACCUUUCCUCCUGGGACAGACAAAGGAAGUGCAUAAAAAGAAGAAAAGGAAGAAAAACAAAUCAUUGGAUCUGAAGAUGGGCCAAGUGAAUGGUACAAGCAAGUCCGUACUGCCUGCUCACCGAAGCGACUCUACAACUCAGUUUAACAGUGCAGGUCUUUUAUUCAUGGGCCUUCCAGAUGGUUCCUCACCCACAGAUGGUGGGGAUCUCAGUACCCCUUCCACCUCCUCCUGCUCCAAAGAACCAGAAAGGACUAACAGAAAAUCCAAUGGAGCAGGAAGCUGUAACAUCACUAAUUGCAACAUAAUUAGCAGUAAGAGUGAUCCGGAUUUAUACAGCCCUUACCAGCCUGUUGUGCUGCCCCCACCACUUGUACCUCCUUUGCGGGGCUCACAAGACCACCUCCUUUAUUUUAAUCCAUCUGUGAUGACAACUAACUCUUCAACUUUGUCGUUUCCCCCUUCAGUGACUGCAACAACUGUAGCUUUGCCUACACAAAUCAAAUCUGGACCUAUUCACUCUGGGCAAGCAAAAAGUGGACCACCACCACCAGCAGCAUCAAACCCUUCCUCCUUGCCGAGCAAGAGUGGUUCGCAUAUCAAAGGGUGCCAUAAUCCGGCCCCUUUCUCUACGGCUAUGACGGUGGGGAGUCUGAGUCUACAUGGGAAUUCACAACAUGGUCCUCUCCGGCAAUCUGCUAGCCUACCUGAGAAUAAAAUAGCCGUGAAUAGCGGAGGAGGGGGCACAUCAACUAAGCCAGUCACAAUUUCUGCUAGCAGUGGCCCAUCUGCAAUCAGAAAUCGUUUAAAAACUUUGAAUGUAACGCAAAAGAAUUAUUCCGAACGAAAAAAUGUUGGGCGGUGUACAGCAAAUCAAGUUCAGUGUUCUGGCUUCAGGAAAUACUGA